GGGGCGAGCCGGGAAGCGAAAGCGCGGGCGGGGGGAAGCGGGGAGCGCGGCAGGGCCAUGGCUGCAGCCCCGCCGGAGCCCGGCCGGGUCCCCAGCCCGGCCCCGCGGCCCGACCCGCACGCCGUGCCCAUGGUCGCGCUCAAUUACGGCGUUCGCCGCCGCCUCGGGCUCUACCUGAACCCGCGGGCGGCCGCGGCCGCGGACUGGACGGCGCUGGCCGAGGCGCUGGGCUGCAGCUUCCUGGAGAUCCGGCGGCUGGAAGCGCUGCCCGACCCCACGGGCGCGCUGCUGGACGAGUGGCCGGGGCGCUGCCCCGGCGGGGCCACGGUGGGACAGCUGCUGGAUGUGCUGCGCGACCUGGGGCGCCACGAUGUGCUGACAGAGCUGGCCGGCAGCGUGGAGGAGGACUGCAAGAAGUACUGGCAGAGGAAGCAGGAAGAGGCCAACCAGCCUCUCCAGGUGCCAGCAGUGGACAGCAGCGUGCCAAAGACUUCAGAACUGAUGGGCAUCACCAUCAGGGAUGAUCCCUAUGGGAGUGGAACAGAGAUAUUUGAUGCCUUCAUCUGCUACUGUCAGAAAGACCUCCAGUUUGUCCAGGAGAUGAUCAGGGAGCUGGAGCAAACAGAGUACAAACUGAAGCUCUGUGUAUUUGAUCGGGAUGUCUUGCCAGGAGCCUGUGUGUGGUCCAUCAGUGGAGAGCUCAUAGAGAGGAGGUGUCGGAGGAUGGUGGUUGUCGUUUCAGAUGAUUACUUGGAAAGCGACGAAUGUGAUUUCCAGACCAAAUUUGCUCUUAGUCUUUCCCCAGGUGCUCGUCACAAGCGGCUGAUUCCAGUCAAGUACAAAUCCAUGAAAAACGAGUUUCCGAGUAUCUUACGGUUCAUCACGAUUUGUGACUACACCAAUCCUUGCACCAAAAAAUGGUUCUGGACCAGACUGGCAAAGUCCCUCAUGCUGCCCUGAUGCAAUGUCCUGAGAGCUGGGUGCUCCUGUCACCUGUCCUGGCUGUGUCUUUGGACCAGGGAUGUCUUCCACCACUUCAGAACCUGGAUCCUUGCUUGAGCCUGUGGCUGGGAACAAAGAGCUCUCUCCAGCACUUCUUCACAACUCUGAGGGGAAAUAAACAACUGUGUGGGUGUUCUGGGUUAAGUCAGUGAGCAGCAGCAUCCAGCAUUUGUGGAGCACCUUCACUAAAAAUACUGAAAAUACACAUUUAAAGAGUGUCUGAUACAGGAAGACUCUGUUGUAAGAAUUAACAAGACCUCAAAGCCUCACACUGCAGGGUUUUCAAUAUUUCAAAAGCUACAGUAACAUCGAGGCUUGUGGGAAUUUUAUGACAUUGAACAGGUCUGUCACUAUUCAGGACACCUUGUACCAGCAUUUAAUAUUCCCAGAUAUUACUAAAUUUUACUUCUUCUUCAGGAGAAAUUCAGUCUUAAAAUAUAUCUUUUCAGUGACAGUCCUUACACAAAGCAGGGGCUGCCGUUGCUCAUUGACUUGACCAAGGUGUGCACCUCAGUGGGUCGAGAUCUCAAAUUCUUUCACCUUUACAAGCCUUCCAAAACACAGCAGCUUUUGGGAUGCCUCAAAGGCACAGGGCUAAACACUGAAUAAGGAGUGUAUUAAAUUGACAUUUGGGCUGUUUAAAAUAUGGAGGUGAAUGUUGCAUUAAUAUGAAAGAGCCUAAUUUAAUUAACUGCCACAAUAAUGACUGUAUUUCUGUGACUAAGGCUCGGAGCAAUGUCAAGACUGCUCUGCUUGUUAGACUUGGCCUUGAAUCCUGCCCAUGACUAGUGGAUCUCAUUGGUGCUCCAGGGUGGAGGUCAUGAGUUCUACUCAAAGGAGUGUUUAAAGCGAUCCAUUGGUGUAUUAGACAGAUUUACAGUAAAUAUUGACUUUUUAAAUUGGGGAAGAGAGGAAUCUUGCUUAUGUAUCUGCAGUUGCUUGAACUCUGCCCCUUUGUUCAUUAUUUCAGCCACUGACGCAUGUUGAUUUUACAGCUUAAUGUUUUACUAGUUUACAUUUUUAAGGUUGCAUCUGGAUGUGAUUUUAUUUUUUUUUUCAAUUUUAGCUUUGUUUUAAAGCAUUACCAGGGCUGGGACAGAAAUGUGCUCCUGCCCCUUCCCUCACACUCCUUGUCAGUGAAUGAUCCCUAACCAGGGAUGCUGCCAAAUCCUGUCCAGGUGCUGCUGCUGGUUCCUCCUGGCUGACAGCAGCAGCCCUUGACCUGAGCAUGUGAAGCUCAUUCACACACAUCAUGUUGGCAGCAGGAGCCAUUUUGGGAUAGAUCCAGCAGCUGGGUGUUUCUUCUACAAAAGUUACUGCUGCCAUCGUGCCAAGGUGACAUUUACACCUUCCUCUCUUGCUAGAACAAGUGAAAAGUCUGUGGGCACCGGGAGAAGGAAAGUUAAGUUGAUAAGGGGUUUCUGAAUAGUUUGUCUUCCACUCCUGUUGCCCUGGGGCCUCUCCUGCAGAAGUGGAGACAGCUGCUUGCCUCGGGCUUGCUGCAUAAUCGUUAAAUGUUAAUUAUAGAAGAGCUUCAGGAGGCUGCUUGAUCCCCAGGCACUCCGGGGACUCAGUGAAUUCUCAUACUCUGGAGAGUGUAUAAACAUCAAUUAUGGGUCAUUACUCGCAGGACAGGCAGAUUCCUCCUGCCUGGAGAGCUGGAAGGGCUCUGGUGGUGGCUCAGGAUCUGCUGAGGCAGAGGAGCCCGGGCUGUGGACGCUAGAGGGAGGCCAUGGCCCAUGCCAGAGAAUGCAGGUGGGAUGGGAAGACACAGCCAGCAGGGCACAGACCCUGUGGGGCAUGGAAAAAACACAAAUGGGUUCUUCUCCUCCUCCCCUUGCUCCCUAAAGUAUCCCCAAAACCAGCGAGAAUUUCGGCAGCUUGAACCUCGUGCGGUGUCUUCCAAGUCCUGAUGGUUUGGGACUUGGUGUGUUGCAUAUGAGGGGAAAUUAACAGCUGAAAAAAUAAUGUUUGUAAAAGGUGAUUUGGUGAUUCCCCAACAGGGAAUGUGCUGGUUCUGGAGGGGAAAGCAAACAGAGGAGCUGGAUUUCUAAAAUUUUUUGGGUUUCAGUAGAUAAAUGCCAUAUUCCAGCUAGUGGUGAAAGAUGUUGGGAUCUUGUUACCGUCCUUCUUGUGGUGCCCUGGCCCUUCUUUCUGCUUGGCUUGGAUGCUGGGAAGGUUUUACUGUUAUGGAGCUGUUGCUUUAUUACAAGUCACUAUAUAUCUUAUAGGCUGAAAUAAUUAUUUUGGGGUAAAGUGAGGAAACAGCCCUAAAACAUAAAAUGCUCUUUAAAUAUGUAUUCUCUUCCAUGUAAACCCCAGAGUUUAUGCACUGUUACACUUUCAUAUCUGCCUUGUCACAGUAACCUGAAGUGUGGCAUUGUGAAUUAUACAAAAUGUUGUGAACCAUUUGCCCAUUUCAGUGGCAUUUGGUGCUCUCCUCCCCUCUUUCAUGCUCAAUGGAAGGUCAAAAUUUUUGAACACCUUUAAAAAAGGGAUUUGUAAAAUUGUCACAGGUUUUUUUCUAUUUUGUCUCUGUCCCUCUCUGAAAUUGUUGAAUCUAUUAGUGCCAAAUCAUUUAUUUUUAUAUACAGACAUAUAUGUUUAUAAUUUUGUGAUCUGAUACAAAGAGGGAAAGCAUCUGUCUUUAUAGGCAUUCUGAAAAUAAACAAUGUUUAUAUUUUUCUCCUCAAAAACUUUUGCUACUUGUGAAAACAUUUUAAAAUAAAGAAUGAAAAACCA